GUCUAAACAACAACUUCAGUCACAUGCACCUGUGCUCCUUCCAAGUUCUUCCAGAACAGGACGACUCACGAUAUCCCGUCGUUUUAAGACUUAUCACUUAUCACAACUCUUUGCACGAUGGUUUCAAACAUGUAAACUCUCACAGCCAACUUUUGGCUGUGUAAACCAACUCACUGGUGCCACCGGCGAGUUGUCUCAGAGUACCAAAACACAAUUUGGUCAGCCAUUGCUUCAAGUCGCCAUGGCACCAAAGAAACCAGUGCAAGCAGCCAAGAAAAAUGGGAACGAUAGUUUCCCCGGGCUCAAGGGCCCGGGAAACACUGCAUCGCAAACUCAUUACCAAGAGCUGCAAGAAAACGAGGUGAUGGUGCUGCAGGCCAUCUAUGGUGAUGACUUUACGCAGCACUCGUCAACACACACCGCUUGGAAGAAGUCUGAGCCGUCCUUUGACAUUAGGAUCAAGGCAUCGACGGACAGUGAGCUUGCCGUCACGCUAGGAGUCGUUCUGGUUGCUACGUACCCCAAAUCCCCUCCGCUCCUGUCCAUCAAAAACGAGGGCGACCUACGGGAAUCGACAAAGUUCAAGAUCCAGAAGUUUGUUGAGACCCAGCCCAAGAUUUGGGCUCAAGAAGAGCAGGAGAUGAUUGACCGAAUCGUCGAGGGCAUUCGCGACAUUCUUGAAGCCGCUGCUCUAAAGAAGGCACAAGGCUUAGAACUCCCAUCUCUGGAGGAAGAGCGAGCAGCCCACGAAGCAGAGCUGGCAAGGUUAGCUCAAAACGAGAAGGAGCUCGAGGAGCGCAAAAAGAUGGAGGAGACAAAGGAGGAGGAACGCGUUCUUGGUGACAUGGUCCAGGAAGAGCUCAAGCGGCAGCGGGCAAAAGCCAAGGAGUCGAGGCAGAAGAACAGGACCCAACGUCCAUCCCCCGGUCGAACAACAGAGGAUCCAUUGGAGACCGACGUAGCUGUCAUUUUCGAUCAGCCUUGCAAAUUGAUGGAUAAAUCGGGAAAUUCACUGUACUUCCAGACCGUAACUGGAAAGACUCUGUAUCGCGAAGGCCCUAUCACGACGGUAUACAAGGUCAAGCCGGUUCUCUCCGCCAGAAAUGUCCGCCCGAGUCUUGCUUUGAAGCAAGUCGAACUGAAGGAUCAGAGCAAAGAUUCGGCUCAGUUCAAAAAACAGCUGUUGUCGCUAGAGACGCAACUAGAGUCCCUGAAAAAGCUUCGCCAUCAGAACCUCCUCGAGCUAAUUGAUUUCAAGAUUGAUCGGUCCAUCAACGACAGCGAUUCUUCCUCUCUUGCGAUCUGGAGCAUUAGUGUUUUGAGUCCGCUCAGCGACAAAGGCCCACUUACUGAGUUGCUGGAGCUGGCCGGCCACGUUGACACCAGCAAGGCCAAAAUAUGGACCGUCGAUCUCCUUGAUGCGCUAGCCUUCCUACACAAUCAUGGCAUUGUCCAUCAGGAUAUCCAUCCAGAGAAUAUCCUCCUCUGCAGAGAGCCACAAGGUGACAUCGUGCCCAAGAUUGCUGACGCCGGCUUUCAAAAAGAGCUGCAUAAUAUUUGCACCAAGGUGACAACACUGACCGCCGCCAGAGCGGCAAAGUCGGCCUAUUGGUUCCCGCCGGAGAUCGCUGGUGUCUCAAAGCCACAGUACACUCAAAGGACGGAUGUCUGGGAUUUUGGGAUAGUAUUUUUACAGAUGAUCUUCGGUCUCAGCGUCUUGCAAAAGUACCACUCUCCGUCUUCUCUUAUAGAGUCACUGUCUCUGUCCGGGCCAAUGGAAGAAUUGGUUGCCAAUUUCUUCAGGCCUGAUCCCAAGAAGCGGCCUCGUGCGUUUGAGCUGUGCUCUAGCGAGUUUCUAGCGACCAGUGCUCCUAUUCUAAUCGAGGACGAGACCACUGCCAUGAGCGGUUCACUGACCUCCUUUUCCACGACUCAGCCACGGACGGCGCGCCAUGAUUCCAUGAACCGCGGUUCCAUCCACUCAAGAUAUCUUCAGGACUAUGUAGAAGAAGCUCGGCUAGGGAAAGGGGGCUUUGGAGAGGUGGUGAGGGCCCGGAAAAUGAUUGACCAGCGUCUGUAUGCCAUCAAAAAAGUCACACGGAGAUCGCAUGAGACGAUGUCCGAAAUGUUGAAAGAAGUCAGGCUGCUCUCACAAAUGAAUCACCCGGCAGUGGUACGAUACUACAAUACCUGGCUCGAGGAGACAGUUGACUUCGCAGACACCGAAGAAGAAACAACAGCCACCGAGACAUCGAGAGGCACCGUUUCUCGGAAUAUCAACAUCGAGUGCGCUGAGAGCAAAAGCCGAGGUCUAGACUUCAUGUCGUCUAGCGGACUUCCGGAGAUUGAGUUUGGAUACGAUUCUGUCGUUGAAGACGAGGAGUACGAGGAAGACGAUGAGGAUGAUGACGAUGGUUCCUCAACAUCAGAUGAGGAUACUUCAUCUAUGGACCACAAACCUGUGAAGGAUCAGCACGCUAUCCCGGUUCAUCGUACCAGAAGAGGAAGCAGAAGGGGAAGUACUCGCCCGGCCCGGAUAACCAUGUACAUUUCCAUGGAGUACUGCGAGAAACUGACCUUGCGAGACACGAUUAACCGAAACCUGAGCAAAGAAACCCAAGAGAUUUGGCGACUUUUCCGCCAAAUACUGGAAGGAUUAGUGCAUAUCCAUAGCCUCAGCAUCGUCCAUCGAGAUCUCAAACCGGAGAACAUCUUCAUCAGCGUCGGACCUGAUGGCCUGGAGAAUGUGAAAAUUGGGGACUUCGGACUGGCAACGAGUGGGCAGUUGGGCGUUGACAAGAACACGCCAAAUCUGGACUCGGGUGACCAAACUCGGAGCAUCGGAACGGCUGUCUAUGUUGCCCCGGAAGUGAGGACAGGCGGAAGCGGCUCCUAUACUGCAAAAGUGGAUAUGUACUCACUGGGCAUUAUCCUCUUUGAGAUGUCCUAUCCGCCAAUGCUCGGGAUGCAGCGUGCAUUGGUCCUCGAGCAUGUACGGCGAAAUCCGCCAGUACUGCCAUCAGAUUUCAAGCCUACUGACAAGAACCAUACCGAUAUUCUUCUCUCUUUGCUAAACCACAACCCCAAAGAGCGCCCGUCCAGCGCAGAGCUGCUCAAGAGCGGGAAGAUGCCGGUUCAGAUGGAGAGUGAGGUGAUACAGCGUGCCAUUGCCGGGAUGGCUGACCCAACUUCUCCUUACUUCCAAAAGAUGCUGAGCACCCUAUUCGCCCGGCAGAUCGAGCAGGCAAAAGACUAUGCCUGGGACAUGUCCUCUUCCAAUCCAAGCCCUGGCGAUCUCAUGCGUCAGUACGUUGUGAAGGACACUCUGAUCUCAAUCUUCAGGCGUCACGGUGCUGUUGAAGCCCCAACUGCAUGUCUCUAUCCCUCCUCGUCGCAUUAUGGACAGAAUGCCGUUCGUUUGCUCGACCAGAACGGGACGGUACUUCAGCUUCCCUUCGAUUUGGUCAUGGGCCAUGCUCGGUCCCUUGGCAGGAUCACGAAUGGCCAGGUGCCCCAGCGCUCUUACUCAUUCGGGAAUAUAUUCAGAGACCGCCAUGAUGGCGGUCAUCCCGAUGUAUACGGAGAGGUGGACUUUGACAUCGUCACCACCGAUGCCCUGGACCUUGCCUUGAAGGAGGCCGAGGUCAUUAAGGUGUUGGACGAGAUCGUCGCGGCAUUUCCUACAACUUCCUCGACCCCGAUGUGCUUCCACCUCGGCCACUCUGACCUACUGCAUCUGAUUCUGGAAUACUGUGGUGUCCAGGCUGGCGCUAGACAAGCUGCUGCCGAGGUACUCAGUAAACUCAACAUCCGGAAUUUCAACUGGCAAAAGGUUCGAAGUGAGCUCAGAUCGCCCGUCGUAGGUAUGUCCGCCACGAGCGUCGACGAGCUCCAGAGAUUCGAUUUCCGAGAUACGCCCAGCAAGGCUAUUGCAAAACUGAGGGACCUGUUUGAGGGGACCGUGUACCAAGAACGAGCGUCGUCUACGAUGGCUCACCUGAGGGAAGUGUACGAAUACACGAAGAAGCUCGGCGUGCUCUGCAAGAUCUUUAUAUCGCCGCUCAGCAGUCUCAACGAAGCCUUUUUCCGAGGUGGUAUUCUGUUUGCUUGUCUGUAUGACAAAAAAGUCAAGGAUGUGUUUGCAGCUGGCGGCAGAUACGACAGUUUGAUUAAAGAACACCGUCCCAAAAUCGGCAACCGAUUCGGAGAGCGGCAUGCGGUUGGCUUCAGUCUGAACUGGGAGAAGCAACUGGCAAAGCCGAUUCCAAAAACCACAGGCAAGGCGUUCCUCAAGAAGGCGGCGGAAGAGGAAACGCAGGGCAUUUUCAGUACCAAACGGUGUGACGUGCUUGUCGCCAGUUUUGACCCGUCCGUUCUCCGGUCCUCCGGCAUAGAGCUCCUACAGGCCCUCUGGGCGCACGGCAUCAGUGCCGAGCUUGCCCGCGACGCCCGUUCUCCUGAAGACCUUCUCUCCAGCUACCGAGACGAAUCAUACAGUUGGAUUGUCAUCAUCAAGCACGACAUGCUGAAGAUUAAGACGAUGGGACGGAAAGACGCCCCAGACGUCGAUAUCCAGCCCAAAGAACUUUUCAACUGGCUCAAAUCCGAGAUUCGCGACAGGGAAACACGCUCGGGAACGAAAUUCCGCGGCACCGCAGCGGUCUCGCAUUCCGAGUCGGGCAGCGCCGUGGCAGGCGGUAGUGGUGUCGGCGGCGACCACGAGCAGGACGUCCAUGUCCUAGUGGCACAGACAAAGAGCAAGAAGUUCAAUCGGCGAGCCGUGGUCGAACAAGCGCAGGCGAGCGCAUCCCGACUGGUGCAGAGCUUUCUAGAAGGGCGCAUUGCCGCCAUCGAGACAUCCGACGCGGUCCUGGACAUGAUCAAUUCCACCAGCCUGUCGGACCCGGAGAGCUGGCGCAAGGUGGAGCAGAAUGUUGGCACGGUCGAGAAGAAGUACGUGCGGGAGAUACAUGACAUGCUCAAGGGAUGGAGGGAGGAGUGGGAAAGCAAGCGCGGGCCGGGCCAUGCGUUCGUGUACAAUUUCAGGACGGGAAAGUGCAUAUACUACGACCUUGGGGGAUAGGUUGCUCCACAGCAGUCGAAACAGCCGAGGCGCCCGUCGUCCUCAUCUCCGGGGUCUUGAAAGUUGGGCCCAAGGCCUCUAGAUUGAAUUCCUUUCGCAGUGUUUCGUGGUUUUCAUGGUGGUUUCUAUCUGGAGUAUACUCGGGUCCCUCAUCUUGUCAUCUGCGAGCAUCUUUGGCCCCAACUCGCGGGCAUGAUGUAUAGGAGGAGUACAUGUUGUGUCGGUUGAUGAUACCCGGGAUAGAUCGCGAUAGCGGACUUCAAGUGUAAGUAAGUUCUGGAGGUGGAUUCCCGGAACAGCAUCAAACGGUGGCAUAGGGAGUGCCUGUCCUAUAUACCCGUAUGCAUAAGAUUUGGCCGUGUAUGGCUCAAGAAGCCAGACUAGGUCCCUGGUAUGAUUGCAUUACUGCUUGGGUCUUUGUACUUUGUAGGUAUGUCAAUCACAUUC